CGCUGACAGCUGAAAUACAAAAUAAAACUGGUGUCUAUGAAUAAUAUAUGUUUAAGCGGUUUUUCAUUACGUUGUACAAAAACGUAAGUUUUAUUUGUUAGAUUUUCUGUGAUAACGAUUUUACACGUAAUAUAUAUGUAAUUAGGAGAUAUUUUAUAAGCAUUAAUAUUCAAGUUGAAGUAAUUUAAAUGAAUAUGUACACAACUACUUUUAUAUCUCUUGUGGUAGUUCCAUUUAUAGUGUUAGCAGAGUUUUCAACAGAAGAUUGUUGGUCAUUAGGAUUUCACAAACCUAAUUUAUUGUGUUCUUCUUGUGAUCAAUUAGAAAAGUUUCAACUUACUGAACUUUUGUCUCAUUGUAAAGAAUGCUGUCAUCCAGAUGAAUCUAAUUCAACAGAAAAGAUUUUUCACAAAGCAGUUCUUGAAGUAUGUACUUGUAAAUUUGGAGCUUAUCCUCAAAUUCAAGCAUUCAUUAAAAGUGAGAGACCAGAUAAGUUUCCGAAUUUACAAAUAAAAUAUGUCAGAGGAUUAGAUCCAAUCAUAAAAUUGUUUGAUAAAGAUGGACAUUUACAAGAAACUGUAGCUAUUGAGAAGUGGAAUACGGAUUCUGUGGAAGAAUUUUUAAGUACACAUUUAAUAAAUUCCAGUGAUGAUGAUUAUUUGAGAACAAACAUGAUUUGAAUUUUUAAUAUAAAAUUGUUUCCUCAUUUUGUAAUAUAAAUCUCUUAUACCUA